CGUGCAUGUCAGUCCUAACUAUACAAGCUUCGUGACGGUUGUGCAGCUGUGUCGAUGUUAAUUAUUACUGUCAUGAUAACAUACUUAAAGUGAGAUUUUUGGUCAUAUAUCUUAUUCUAUAUGCUGUUUACACUGGCUAGCUUGCCCUGUGACGACACCAAGUAGGGGAGAGCCAGUGAGGAUGACUAUACCGCAUGUAGGGGCUGUGUUUGCAGCCAUAGCAGGAGUGAUGGCCAUCCUGUUGCACUCCUCCAUUCACAAAAUAGAGGAAGGACACCUUGCUGUUUACUACAGGGGUGGGGCUUUGCUGACAGGCCCUAAUGGUCCGGGAUAUCAUAUUAUGCUGCCUUUCAUUACCACCUACAGAUCAGUGCAGACGACACUCCAGACCGAUGAGAUCAAGAAUGUACCUUGUGGAACUAGUGGUGGGGUGAUGAUCUAUUUUGACAGAAUAGAGGUUGUCAACAUGCUCGUCCCCUCAGCAGUGGUGGAUAUAGUGAGGAACUAUACAGCCGACUAUGACAAAACUCUCAUUUUCAACAAGAUCCACCACGAACUUAACCAGUUCUGCAGUGUGCACACUCUCCAGGAGGUCUACAUAGAGCUGUUUGACAUAAUUGAUGAAAAUUUGAAGACUGCACUGCAGAAAGAUCUUAAUGCCAUGGCCCCUGGACUUACAAUACAGGCUGUCCGUGUUACCAAGCCAAAGAUCCCCGAGGCUAUCAGGCGGAACUUUGAACUCAUGGAAGCAGAGAAGACCCGUCUGUUAAUUACCGCUCAGACUCAGAAGGUGGUCGAAAAGGAGGCAGAGACGGAGAGGAAGAAAGCUAUCAUUGAGGCUCAGAAGGUGGCUCAAGUUGCCGAGAUCCAGUUCCAGCAGAAAGUGAUGGAGAAAGAGACAGAGAAGAAGAUCUCCGAAAUAGAGGACGCUGCUUUCCUGGCGAGGGAAAAGGCCAGGGCGGAUGCAGAGUAUUACACUGCUGCCAAAUAUGCUGAAGCAAAUCGGCUCAAGUUAACCCCCGAGUAUCUGGAGCUGAUGAAGUAUCAAGCCAUAGCAGCUAACAGCAAGAUCUACUUCGGCCAGGACAUCCCCAAUAUGUUCGUGGAGGGAAGCCUCAGUCCACCCAAAGCUGAAAACAAGCCACUGGAGGCGGACUUUUUGAAAGCUUAAGUGGAGGCGUCGGCGUUCAACUGGAGAUGAUUGGUGGGAUUGAUUACUCGAGUCUUACAUUUUUUCCAUGAUCAUAAACUCAAGUGAUGUUUUGGAAGACAAUGAAAGGGAAUGUUUUUUUUUUUUCAUAAAUAUCCAGUCAUCGAGGCAGGGAACAGAGUUUAUUUUCAAAAGAAAUAGUCAGUCGUUGAAAAUGAAAAGCUUUUGCCUGCAAGGUGACGGCAAGGAGUCACCCUAAUUUACACGUUGCUUUUGGAUUUGCGCUAAGAUGAUGAUGAUGAUUGUUGACAUGGGAGGCGUAUCUGGACUGGAAUGCAGCGAGUGACGCUAAUUACAACCGUGGGAGGAGGGAUUAGUUGGUGUUUGACUCCCAACACAUCAGCACACGCUGCUGCUGGAUGUUGUCCAGCUAUGUUUGUGACCAGUGGCUCCACACAUGUUUGCUAGUGGGUCAAACACGGUACAUUGCACUGUGGCGUUCUCCUCCAAAGAAAUGAAUAUCUUGUGCUGCUAAAAGAAAGCAGACUUCCUCCUCGAAAUGCUCAUUUUAAGUUAACUUGUAAACUUACAACUAUCCACUGGAAGGGGUUGUGACUUAUUGGUCUGCCGGAUUGGGUUUUCGGGGCCGUGCAUGUGAACGUUUACUGUGGCCUGAUUCAGCUGAUAAAAGUAGUGCCUGCCAUUGUCUGCCAACUUUUAGAGCUCAUUCACACACGGUGGUUAACUAUUCAUUCUCAGGAACUUAUCUGAAGAGUGCUUGUCUUUAAAAAAAAAAAAAAAAGUCUGUAAGGACUUUGAAAGUUUGCUUCAUGUUCUUCCUGCUGUUUAUACUGGAUCAUAAUGCCAUCACAAGGACAGCUUUUGCUUUUUAAGUUACCCUGGACAUCCAAGAAUUGUGGCCAGGUUUACGGCAGUCUGUGGGGAAAGUACAUGGUUACACACUUGUGGAUAAACUGCACACAGAGGCCUGCUAAGUUUCUCAGCCAAACAAAUGAAAGCUUGUAUUAUCAUCAUUUGUUUUACUUUUGUGGUAAGAUGCAGUUGUAUAUAAACAUAACUUGCAAGCGAGGGCUACUACUUCUACUUCUUUCCCUCUCAGCUUUGGUGAAAUGGAAAACGGAUAUGAUUGAGUUGGAAAAAUGCGGAAGCCAGGUGUGUCACGGUGUCCUGCCUUAACCGUAGACUGGAGCUGAGAGAGAAGAUGCUACUUGUGCUAAAGAGACAGGUCCUGAUGUUAAUGUGACCCCUGAAUGGCUGCUCUCUUCCUCUGCUGCUUGCCGGCUGCAGGUUCAAUUAACGAUGCAAAUGAGGGGUUGAAAUCACUCAAGAACAUGAGUUCUUUUUGUUUUGUACAAAAAAUCUCUGAAAUUGUCUCCUUGUUUUAAAAGGUUUAUAUGCAAAAUGUUUUGACAAUGUUCUUAAAUAAAACCUAUUUUGGUACCCGUCUUCUCCAAAUA